GUUCUUUUACAUUUUUUGAGUCAACCACGUCGCGAGAACCUCUGUCAAUUGCAAUCAUGCCUCCAAAGCUUGACCCCAACGAGAUCAAGGUGAUCCACCUGCGAGCAACUGGUGGUGAAGUCGGUGCUUCAUCCGCCCUUGCUCCAAAGAUUGGUCCCCUUGGCCUUUCCCCGAAAAAGGUUGGAGAAGACAUUGCGAAGGCGACGGGCGACUGGAAAGGCCUUCGUGUCACAGUAAAGCUCACCAUCCAAAAUCGACAAGCUGCCGUUUCCGUUGUCCCUUCGGCUUCCUCCCUGGUCAUCAAAGCUCUGAAGGAACCUCCGCGAGACCGCAAGAAGGAAAAGAACAUCAAGCAUAGCAAGUCAAUCACCUUAGAUGAGGUUAUCGAAAUCGCCCGGACCAUGCGAUUCAAAUCACUUUCAAAGGAGCUCAAGGGUGGUGUUAAGGAGAUUCUCGGUACCGCUUUCAGCGUUGGCUGCCAGGUCGAUGGAAGAAGUCCAAAGGACAUCAGCGAUGAUAUUGAGAGUGGGGAGAUUGAGAUUCCGGACGAAUGAAUGACCAUGGUCUUCUUUCUUUUGCAUGUAUUGGGCUCCAUACUUCACAAUUUGUUGUGCAAGCAAUGGCAAUGAUUCACCAAGAAACAAAAGUAUUACGUCCGUGAAGUCCAAUGCAUCGAAUUCAAAUUCCAGCCAUCUUACCAAACACUCUGGUCCUCACCCCCUUUCCCCUCGAGGACUGGUUCAAUCUAUGGUACUUAGUUUCGAAGCAAGGAGAAUUAGCCGUGUACGCACUAUGAUACCCUCCUGGAAUUCGUUUGCUGUUCCUUGAUUUUCUGGACCAUAUCAUAUCUGCUUUCUAAUUGAUGCC